CCCAUUUCUAUUUUAUUGAACUCAACUUUAGAAAUUUCAUAUUUUCUUUUUGUACCCGCUAUGGUUGCAAAUAUAAACUGAAAGCUUCCCACUGCAUUUUCAUGUUAGUCGCCGACGUCUGGCACUGAAAAAAGGUCCUUUUUUUUCCCCUUUUUUCGUUGUCUCUGGUAUCGGGCUCUCCCCCACUCCACUUCUUUUGAUUCACCCAGUUUCAGUGCUUGAAGUUUUACCGUUUAAGGAUGGGGCUUACGUGCGCCACCGCGCGCAAUUGGAUGGCUAUUGAACAGCUUUGCGCCAUGGCGUAUGUUUGAGUGCGAGUAUGGGACACCUGCACGGAUAUGUUUUAAUCCAUCAAUGGGUUUCCGACGGAUCACCUUUUUGCUGUCGUUAUUCUGGUGUUGGGGGAAAUAAAGCCAAUGUACGUUCUCUAAUAUUGGCUUUUUGACGUUGUGGAAGAUGAAAUACUUCAUCUACGACGGCAUUUUGAGCUGAGGGUGUUGCUGUGAUUGUCAUUCCAAUUUUCCUGGUUGAUGGUUUCUAAAGCUCUGCUUUGAGGAGUCAACUGAGGUUUAUGAGUAGUUCGAACUAUAUGGAGAUUGAAGGCUUUGAUUUGAACAAAGUCUAUGCUAAUGCUGGAAAUCAUAGCAAGAGGGCUGAUGAUCUCAUUGAUAGAAGCAAAGUGAAAAUAUUGUUGUGCGAUAAUGAUACCAAGAGUUCGGAAGAGGUUCUAACGCUUCUUUCGGGAUGUUCUUAUCAAGUUACUUCAGUAAGCUCUCCAAGGCAGGUAAUUGAUGUACUGAAUGCAGAGGCGCAAGAUAUUGAUGUCAUACUAGCUGAAGUUGACCUUCCAAUGAAGAAGGGCAUGAAGAUGUUGAAGUACAUUGCACGAAACAAAGAUUUGCAUCGAAUUCCUGUUAUAAUGACGUCAGCACACCAUGAGGUAUCCAUUGUUAUGAAGUGUUUGAGACUUGGAGCAGCAGACUAUCUAAUAAAGCCUUUACGCUCUAAUGAACUAUUAAAUUUGUGGACACACAUGUGGAGAAGGAGGCGCAUGCUUGGUCUGACAGAGAAGAACAUAAUGAACUAUAAUUUUGAUCUAGUAGCAUCGGCCAUAAUGAACUAUGAUUCUGAUCUGGUAGCAUCAGACCCUGGAGAUGGUAAUACAACCAGUACCGCCUUGUUCUCAGAUGAUACAGAAGACAAGUCCAACAGGAGCACUAAUCCGGAGGCAGGAAUGUUAAUCCAGCGGCAAGAUGAGUCUAAAGGUGCUGCUGCUGAUGCUCCUGAGAAGCCCCCGGCUGGCCAUGCAUCAGAUUAUUUGCUUGGUGUGCCUGGAAUUAGUGAUCACCAGACAAGGCACUGUUCUUCAGGACCAAAGAAGAGUGGACUAAGGAUUGGGGAAUCAUCGGCCUUCUUUAGUUAUGUUAAAACAACCAUGCAAAAGAGCAACUUGGAAGGGAUUCCUCAAGCUCAGAGUAACGCUGCUACGCAACUGAGGAUGGAAGACAUGCAUCAAACUUGUCCACGAGGGGUUUAUGACCUUAAAACACAUGAAAAUAGAGUGCCAAGUGAGAGACCUAAUAAAGAUUAUUUACCCAGCAGCAUUAGUAAUGCUGAUUCUUUCUCCGUUGACAAUUCUUCUGCUCCACCCGCUUCCAUGGGAGCUCUAAAUCAAAAGAACUUAAAUGAACAUUUACCACAGGAUGUUAUCUGUAUCAGAAAUGGAAGUCAUAUUCCUGAGACUGAAGUACCUGGUACUCCUUCCCAUCAUGCUCAUCCACAUUAUAUUUCAGGGUUCUUCAAUCACCUUCUGAUGCUAUCCUCAGCGCCAAUGUAUCCUAAGAAUCACCAGGACCAACAGAAUCAUGCUAGUUGGAUAACUUCCUUGCCAUAUUACCCCAUGACUAUAUGCUUACAACCUGGUCAGACGUCCUCAGCUCAUUCACGGCCAUCAUUUGGAAGUUCAGGUUCAUCCAAAGCAAAAGUGGAUGUAGUUGAUAGAAGAGCAGAAGCAUUGAUGAAGUUCAGAAAGAAAAGGAAAGAACGAUGCUUUGAUAAGAAAAUUAGGUAUGUCAAUCGGAAGCAGCUUGCUGAAAGGCGACCUCGGGUGAGGGGACAGUUUGCGAAAAAGUUGAACGGAGUCACUGUUGAUCUUAAUGGACAACCUGCUUCCAUUGACUAUGAUGAAGAGGAGGAGGAGGACGAUGAUGAAGAGAACAAUGUGAGAGAUUCAUCUCCUGAAGAUGCUCGAGAAUGCAGAAUCUCUGCUUUGAGCGAGGACCCUUAAUCUGGCAUCACAUUGCCAUG